AGAGUCUUUAUCAGCAGUUGUCCGCUGCCAUUCCAUCCACCCAAACCCAAGAGCAUUCGCUUCCCAGCCCCACGAAAAAUCGCCCAAAAUCCCACCUGCCAUAAGCCCCCAAUAAUUGACCCCUGCUAGCGCCGGCGUCGGCGGCCGGAGAAGAUGGAAUCGGCGAUUGGCGCGGCAACCGGGCUCGUCGGCAGCGUGCUGAAUCUGCUCUCCAACGAGCUCGUGGGGGCGUACGUCGCCAGCACCGACCUCGGCCUCAAGUCCGUCGAGAUCAAGAAAGAUCUCCUGCACGCGCAAGCGCUGCUACAAGAGGCCCAGACGAGGGGUGCCAAGGACAACCUCGGGCUGAAGGGGCUGCUGCAGGAGCUCACCGUCAAGGCCGACGAGGCCGAGGAUGCGCUGGAUGAGCUCCACUACUUCAUCAUUCAGGACCAGCUCGACGGCACUCGCUUCGCGGUGCCGGACCUGGGCGAUGACCUUCGCGGUCAUGCUCGCCACGGUCGCCAUGCUAUUCGCCAUGUCGUCGGUAACUGCCUUGCAUGCUUUUCUUGUUCGUCGACUAUGAAAGAUGAUAAUAGUGGUGCUGCUGCUGCUGUUCCUAUUAACCCACUCAAUCCAACCAAGACUGAUAGUGCUGGUCAAGAUGGUCCAGUUGAUAAGCUGAAAUUCGAUAGAGUGGCCAUGUCCAAGAAAAUUAAGUCAGUGAUGGAGGAACUACACUCCCUAUGUGAGCCUGUAUCCAAAUUCCUCUGCAUAACUCCACACCAUGGUAGCACUGAAACUGCUGUCAACCUAAUUCGUCCUCCAACGGGAUCAAUCAGUGCGCAGCAUACAUUGUAUGGAAGGGCAGACGUUUUCGAGGGAACCAAAGAUGAUAUAACCAGUGGCAGAUUCUAUACCGAAACCCUUUCAGUUCUUGCUGUAGUUGGUCCAGGUGGUAUUGGAAAGACAACUUUCGCCCAACACCUGUAUAAUGAUAAAACGAUACAAGAGCACUUUGCUGUUAGGGUCUGGGUAUGUGUGUCGACUGAUUUUGAUGUGCUUAAGCUCAGCCAACAGAUCCUUAGUUGCAUACAAGAAAGCAACUCUCCAAAUCAAACAACAAAUUUAGACCAGCUCCAAAUAUCCAUCACACAGGAACUCAAGUCUAAAAGGGUUUUAGUUGUGUUUGAUGAUAUAUGGAAGUGCAAUAAUCAGGGUUGGGAAGACCUGCUAGCUCCUUUCAGGAAAGGGGAAACCAAGGGUAACAUGGUUCUCGUCACAACUCGAUUUCCAUCCAUAGCUGAAAUGGUGAAAACAACACCUUCAAUACAACUAAAAGGCCUCGAGUCUGAUGAAUUCUUCCCAUUCUUUGAAGCAUUCAUAUUUGAUGAAAAAAACCCUGAGUACCAAGGUGACCUAGCUAGUAUUGCACGGGCUAUUGCUAAGAAAUUGAUGGGUUCACCUCUAGCAGGCAAAACCGUUGGUCGAUUAUUGAGGAAGGAGAUUUCUCGGAAGCACUGGAUGGAAGUUCUCGAAAACAACAAAUGGCAAAAACAAGAAAAUGAUGAUGGCAUUAUGACAUCUCUCAGGAUUAGCUAUGAUUACCUUCCUUCCCAUCUGAAAAAAUGUUUCCCAUAUUUUGCCUUAUUCCCUGAAGAUUACAAGUUUAAGAAUUUAGAGAUUACAUAUUUCUGGAUUGCAAUAGGAAUCACAGAAAAAGAUGAGGAUUACAUGGAACAACUAGUGGAAAAUGGUUUUGUUGUGAAGGAGAAUGUUCAUUGGUCAAGUCAACAGUACUAUGUACUGCAUGAUUUACUACAUGAACUGUCCCGAAGUGUUUCCUCACAAGAAUGCCUCAAUAUAUAUGAUAGUAAAAGGUUUAAAGCCGAUGCCGUUCCAAAAUCUAUUCGUCAUUUGUCCAUUACCAUUGAAGACAACUAUGAUGUGACUUUUAUUGAAGAAAUGAUUAAGUUGAAGAGCAAGGUAGACAUUGCAAAUUUGCGGGCUUUGAUGAUUUUUAGAAGAUACGGAGAAACAGUUCGUGAGAUUUUAAAAGAUACUUUCAAGGAUGUAGAGGGCCUUCGUGUCCUAUUUAUAGUUGUGAAGUCCCCAAAUUUGUUCCCAUGUGAUUUCUCAAAACUUAUCCACCUCCGAUACCUAAAAGUUGGAACAUGGGACGAAGUGACUUUGCCUAGCACACUGUCCAGACUUUGUCACCUAAAACUAUUGGACCUGAGUGGUUGGCAUGGUAGUUAUGAAUUGCCUAGAGACACUAGCCGCCUUAUCAGUUUAUGCCAUAUUAUUGCUGGAAAAAAAUUCCAUUGCAAUAUUGCUGAGGUUGGAAAGAUGAAGUGUUUAAAGGAGCUUAAAGAAUUCCAUGUCAUGAAAGAGAGUGUUGGAUAUGAACUGUGUGAGUUGGGGCAGUUAACAGAUCUUGGAGGAGAACUCUGUAUACGUAAUCUUGAAAAGGUGACAACCAAGGAUGAGGCUAUGGAAGCCAAACUUGAGUCAAAAGGUGAUUUGAAAGGGUUGGGGUUGGUUUGGGGAUCAUCUGAUGCCGUUGAUGGUACAACAAAAUUAGUUGAUGUUCUUGAUGCUCUUCAGCCACACCCUAACCUUGCAGCACUUGGCAUCAUAGGUCAUGGUGGUACAAGUGGUCCUAGUUGGUUGUGUGGUGACAUUAAGUUUGAGUUGUUGGAGUAUCUUCACCUAGAGGGAGUAUCUUGGGUCACUCUUCCUCCUUUUGAGUACUUGCCGCAGCUCACAUCACUCACAUUGAGCAACAUUUAUGAAGUUAGUGAGAUCCGCCAUGUCUUUGGUGGCGCUACAAACAAAAGUUUUUUGCAGUUGAAGCUGAUUGUCCUUGAUUCAUUGCCUGAACUUAUUGAGUGGGUUGGGGUGCCUAAUGAUUCGUUUGCAAGGCUUGAAACUAUUUAUUGCAGGUCAUGCCCCAAUCUCCGUACACUACCCUUCCUGCGCGAGUACUCUGCUGGCUGUUAUAACCAUCUGUCAAAACUUGAAAUUUUUGAUUGCCCAAAGUUGUCUCUCCCUCCCAUGCCUCACAGCUCCACAAUGAUAGUUUGUGAUGUGAGACAUAGUUCCGCAGAGCUGACUUAUGCAGGGAACAACAUGUAUAUUAAUGGGUAUAAUGGUGAGGUGGACUUGCAUAACCUGCGAAAAUUAGAGAAAAUGAGUAUUACAGAUGCAUCACACAUUUCAAUGACAGAGCUGACCAAUCUGAAAUCCCUAAGAAGACUAGAUGUCAGAAGAUGCAGCUUCACGUGCCAUGGACUCCAGGACCUCUCGUGCCUCCAAUCACUUACAGUAUACAACUGUGGCAACUUCUUUCCAUGGCAUACCGAAGCAGCUCACACCAUCAAGCUUUUCCCUGCUUCCCUCGAGACACUUGAGAUUGAAGGAGAGUCAGGCAUGCAGGCAAUGGCUCCGCUCAGCAAUCUGAAAUCCCUAAGAAGACUAGAUGUCAGAAGAUGCAGCAUCAGGUGCCAUGGACUGCAGGACCUCGCGUGCCUCCAAUCACUUACAGUAAAAGACUGUGGCAACUUCUUUCUGCGGCCCAUCGAAGCAGCUCAAACCAUCAUCAAUCCUUUGCCUGCUUUCAUCGAGGAACUUGAGAUUGAAGGAGAGUCAGGCAUGCAGUCAAUGGCUCCGCUCUCGAACCUCACUUGUCUCACCGAUCUUAUACUGGUGAACUCUGAGAAUUUAACAGUGGAUUGUUUUAAUCCUCUUAUCACAGUCAACCUCAACAGUUUGAAGAUCUACAACAGAGGAAAUUGUCUUAGCCGUUCUGUAUCAGCGGAUUUGUUCUCAGAAUUGGUGGUAGCAAGGACUAACCUAAUAUUGCCUGCAGCCUCCUUCCAGCUGCGAGAACUUACAGUGGAUUGCAUCUCAGCAGUGCUUGUUGCUCCCAUCUGUAGCCACCUCGCCGCUACCAUCAAGACUUUAGAAUUCUGGUAUGAUCAGCGGGCAGAAAGCUUCACAGAAGAGGAAGACAGGGCUCUUCAGCUCCUCACAUCCCUCCGUUUCAUCAGUUUUAUGGAUUGCCCGAAUCUGCUGUGCCUUCCUCAAGGCCUACACAGCCUUCCUUCUCUUAAGACACUAUUUGUCCAAGAUUGUCCUAAAAUCCGAUCUCUGCACAAGGGGGACUUUCCCACUUCACUUGAGUGUCUAUUAGUGCAGGGUUGCAGUCCCGGGCUACAAGAGCAAGCCAAGAAAUUAAAAGGAACAAAACCAGCUUUUAAUGUGAUACUUGAACUUGAGUAGCACAAGAACGAUUACGGCCGACAGGGGAUUUGGUAUUCAGGACUUCAUUGGUUGCUCCAUCCAAACAAUAACAAUAUCAGUAACAAAAGUAUCAUCAAGAAGUAGCUGUGCAGCUAUACCAAGGCCAUUUCAAAGUUUGCUCGCUGCUAGCUACUCUCCACACAUUUGAGUCUUGGAAUGACGAUUGGGGUCUGCCAUCCCGGCCUCAAGGGUUACACAACCUUUCCUCACUCAUGGGAGUAGUAGUCAUGGUUUGUCCUGGUCGUUGCGUAAGGGGUGACCUCCCUAUUUCACUGCGACAGCUAGAUAUAUUACGCUUCAGUGCAGAGCUACAAGAGGGAAUCAAGAAAUUAGAAGGAACAAACCCAACUUUAGCCCAGCCCAAGGUUUGAUGGCAGAAUUACACAUUUCCAAAGUGCAAUGUGCACGUAGAUAAACUGUGAAUCCUGGGUGCAAGUCAUGUGGCAUGUGCAAGUUGUCGGCCUAUCUGUCGUUUUGGCAGCUCUCAUAUAAGUCGUGUGUCCCAUAUUACAUUGUACCUACUGGUAUCAGAAAUGGACUACUGAAGUUUGCAUGCAUAGCAGCUGCUUGCAUUGCAUGGUAAACUAUGAAGACACAGGGGACAGCCGAUUGAUUAAACUGGAGGUCCCAGAUCGUAUAUAUAGAAGUCUUUCCACUGGUUCCUUUAAGCAUCGGCCAGAUUGG